AAUAUUAGUGCCCGAAACCGAUAUAAACGAAAUAAAGUACUAAUAAACAUUCAAGGCGCUCAGAUGGGAGAUUAGAGAGAGCUUCAAUCAUUUCAACAAGACGCAGAAAAAAUGUUGCAGUGCAUUUUUCUUCUGUCCGAUUCCGGGGAAGUGAUGCUGGAGAAACAGCUCACGGGUCACCGGGUCGACCGCUCCAUUUGUGCGUGGUUCUGGGAUCAGAUACUUACUCAAGGUGAUUCUCUGAAGAGUGUGCCUGUUAUUGCUUCGCCCACGCAUUACCUUUUUCAAGUGGUUCGUGACGGGAUCACGUUUUUGGCGUGUACUCAAGUUGAGAUGCCGCCUUUAAUGGCGAUUGAGUUUCUUUGCAGGGUAGCUGAUGUUCUUUCCGAUUAUUUGGAUGGCUUGAACGAAGAUCUGAUUAAGGAUAAUUUUGUUAUCGUUUACGAGCUGCUCGAUGAGAUGAUAGACAACGGGUUCCCUCUAACAACUGAGCCCAACAUCCUGAGAGAAAUGAUUGCUCCUCCGAAUAUUGUUAGUAAAGUUCUAAGUGUGGUGACCGGUAACACCUCCAAUACGAGCAGCACCACACUUCCAGGUGCCACGUCAUCGUGUGUUCCGUGGAGGAAAACUGACCUUAAGCACGCUAGCAACGAAGUCUACGUUGACCUUGUCGAAGAAAUGGAUGCCACCAUAAACAGCGAUGGCAAUCUCGUAAAAUGCGAGAUAUAUGGGGAGGUUCAAGUAAAUUCACAUCUAUCAGGUCUCCCAGAUCUCACUCUCUCGUUUGCUAACCCUUCAAUUCUUCACGAUGUGAGGUUUCACCCUUGUGUCAGACUUCGUCCAUGGGAAUCAAAUCAAAUUCUGUCCUUUGUCCCGCCCGAUGGACAAUUUAAGCUCAUGAGCUACAGGGUAAAGAAGUUGAAGGGCACUCCAAUUUACGUGAAGCCACAAUUGACCUCUGAUUCAGGGUCAUGCCGAAUAAGUGUAUUAGUUGGAGUGAGAAAUGAUAAUGGAAAAUCGAUCGACUCUAUCACAGUUCAAUUCCGAUUGCCACCUUGCGUUUCUUCAUCCGAUCUUUCUUCGAAUCACGGAACAGUAAAUGUUCUUGCUGACAAGACUUGUUCGUGGACAAUUGGACGAAUCCCGAAAGAUAAAGCUCCUUCAAUGUCUGGCACUUUGGUUCUCGAGACAGGCAUGGAAAGGCUUAAUGUGUUUCCAACUUUUCAAGUAGGUUUCAAGAUUAUGGGUGUUGCUCUCUCUGGCUUGAAAAUAGAGAAAUUGGAUCUAUUGAAUUUACCUGCACGGCCUUAUAAAGGUUUUCGAGCUGUUACCCGAGCAGGUGAAUUUCAAGUCCGAUCGUAAUUUUUUUUUCUUUUCUUUUUAGAAAACGUGAAUAUUAUAUCUGGUUUAAAAUUCGAGUUGUAUUAUAUCUGGUUUAAAAUUUUCAUAGUGCAUUUAAACUUGAUAAUUUCUACUGUUUCUUCUUGGUGUGUGUGUUUUGGUCUUGAGCCCUGAUAAGAAAUAAAUGUACUAGCUUUCUUAAUUAUUGACAAUGGAAAAGUGUUUAAAUUAUAUUGCCUUUUGUUUUA